UAAUCAAAAUUGCAGGUAAAACCAUCCCAAAAUUCCACGCUAGUGGACCAUUUUUCUUUGCCUAUAAUUACAAAGGAGAGGCAUCAAUCGAAGGUCAACAUGAAUUCUGAUGCCCAAGAAAGAAACAAAUGAUCAGGUGCAAAUAGGCUUACGUCAAGGGAACAGUCUCUUUCGAAUUGAAAGGCAUAUAUAUCACAAUAUAUUAUGUUCAGGGACGAGUUGGAAUUGCCCUCGGAGCUCAAUCGGCGCCCAAAGGCAGGUGGACUUUAGGAAAACCCUUCUGCAAUCAUUUACCACCUGUCUUUUAAGUCUAUUAUUUGUAAGCCAUGGAAUCCCAUGCUCUACACCUUUUGCCAAAUACCUUCUUCAAUAAUAGUUAUAGAUGUGCACAGAACAAAAUUUGGUACUCAAAAUGCUUCCCAUUGCCUUUUAGGAUGGCUGCAAAGAAAUACUCUUUCCAAAAAUACAUGCCUGCCCAACAUGUUUUACUAACAAUGCGUAAUGAGAGUUGGAAUCAUAGAAUGCAGAGCAGAGAAAGUAGCACCCAUUUUAGAACAUCAUGCUUUGGGAGCGAAAGCGGCCAGAAUAUCAUAGACAAUUGCUUUGAAUUAAAUGUAGAAAUUGUAGAGAGAUGUGAUGUGGACAUAGAGAAAUUUAAGGAAAAUGUAUCCGGUGGCAAUGGGAGGAUUGUAUCACAAGAGGAAGAGAUUGAAAAAUUAUCAGAGAGUGCUACUAAUGGUGUAUUGGAAGGUGGAUUGAAGUUUAUGGAUACUUCUCAGAGUAUGUGGCAACAGAUGAAGGAUGUGGUCAUGUUUGCAGGGCCUGCUCUUGGAAUAUGGUUAUGUGGGCCUCUUCUCAGUCUCAUUGAUACAGCGGUCAUUGGGCAAAGCAGUUCUUUGGAGCUUGCAGCAAUGGGACCAGGCACUGUCGUUUGUGAUUACUUAAGUUAUGUAUUCAUGUUUCUAUCUAUUGCCACUUCAAACAUGGUUGCUACUUCUUUGGCUCAAAAGGAUGAAGUUGCAAUGCAACAACAGCUCUCCAGGUUGUUAUUUGUAGCAUUAGCAUGUGGAAUUGGGAUGCUUCUCCUCACAAAGGCUUUUGGUACACCAGCACUUCAUGCUUUUGUUGGCUCCAAUAAUGCCAGUCUAGUUCCUGCAGCAAGCACAUAUGUUCAGAUCCGAGGCUUGGCUUGGCCAGCAGUACUUGUAGGCAUGGUUGCUCAAAGUGCAAGCCUUGGCAUGAAAGACUCCUGGGGCCCUUUGAAGGUGUUGUCUGUUGCCAGUUUGGUAAACGGAGUGGGGGACAUCCUCUUAUGUAGUUUCAUGGGCUAUGGCAUUGCUGGUGCUGCUUGGGCAACAACUGUUUCACAGUUUGUUGCAGUCCUUAUGAUGCUUCAAUCAGUUAACAAGAAAGGCUAUAAUGCAUUCGCACUCUCAGUCCCUUCCUCAGAAAAUUUAAUUCAAAUAAUCCAAAUUGCUGCUCCGGUUUUCAUAACAAUGAUAAGCAAGGUUGCUUUCUAUUCUCUGAUUACAUACUUCGCAACAUCAAUGGGACCUGAGAAACUUGCUGCCCACCAGGUUAUGAUUGGAGUAUAUUGCAUGUGUACUGUUUGGGGAGAACCCUUGUCGCAAACUGCCCAGGCCUUUAUGCCAGCACUAAUUCAUGGCAUGAAUCGGAACUUGAAAAAGGCACGGUCACUACUUAAAUCAUUGCUUAUAUGUGGAGCAAUAACUGGCUUUACAUUGGGGUGCAUGGGCACAGCUGUUUCCUUGUUUUUCCCUCACAUUUUCACUAGAGAUUCUGCAGUCAUUGGUCAGAUGCAUCAAGUGAUUCUUCCUUUUUUUGUUGGUCUAAUUGUAACUCCUCCUACACACAGCUUGGAAGGAAGCCUGCUGGCUGGAAGGGAUCUUAAAUUUCUCAGCUAUACCAUGAGCUGCAACUUCUGUGUUUGUAGCCUUUUGUUACUGAUAAUAAACAACAAAGGCCUUGGUCUGCAAAGCUGUUGGUGGGCUCUUGCAUGCUUCCAAUGGGCUCGAUUUUCAGUGGCAUAUAAGCGAUUGGCAUCUUUUAGGGGACCACUUUAUGAUCCAGAAAAAGUUGGAAAUGAGCAUCAAAAGCUCAAGGCCAUAUAAGGAAAGCUAUAAAUUGAAUCGCGGCAAGAUUGACUGGAACAAAACCAUAAACAUGGAUAUUUUGUUGAACAGAAUUUAGAUCACAGAUAUGUAGUGAUUCGAGUCAUCAAAUAGUUAUGGCAUGUUGUACUGUUCUUGUCAAUCGUAAAUAUAUGAUUUUUCGUUGAUAUAAAAGAGGUGAAUGUAUGCGUCCUGAAUUCUUUA